UGCCCUCAGUGUUAUAAGAGGUGAGCGCUGAGUGGUCGAAAACGGCCGUCUCCACGUGGGGCACUCCGCCACGACGCUGUGCCCUGCAACUCUCAACAGUGGUUCGACUUGAUCACCCUAUCCUCGCCCUUUCUCGCGUGAAUUCAAGGUAUUUUCAAACUGAAGCUUCUCUUCACAUUCGCUCGGAGCAUGUUUUGAACUCCCGAUUCAUUUUUGCCUUCCUGCACAUUUCGACUCGCACUUUUAGCUUUUGUGUAGCUCCGCCCCUUCCCGCGUCGCAACAAUGGACGCGCAAGCACAGAGGAAGGCCAAAGUCUUCAGUCGUAGGGAGAUUGAAGGACAGAUUGCCAAUGGCAAAGCUAUCGUCAUUGUAGACAACAAGGUCUUGAAUGUGGGAGCUUGGAUGCCAUACCACCCAGGUGGUGAUAAAGCUAUGUGCCAUAUGAUAGGAAGGGAUGCCACCGACGAGGUUACUAGGUUCCAUUCCUCUCAGACACUCGAGCUUAUGAAGCGCUACCAAAUCGGCCGCAUCGAAGGACGCUGGACGAACUUCCUACCGCCGAUCCAGGGUGGAAAGUUCAGGACACAAGCGGAGCUCGAAAAGCUCUCGGAAGAAGAAUAUUUGGAUUCGUGUUCUUCCUCAGACCAUGAGACUGCCAGUUCUUCAUCAUCCGCCAGUCAAAGUCCAAUUUUUGAGCCGGCAGACAAGGCAUCCUCGGUACGCCAACGAAAUGCAGCCAACAUCGCACGCGCUUCUUCGUCUUCGUCCAUUUCCUCGAUCGGGGAAGAAGAUAUGGCAAAAGCCCCGAGGAUGUCUGUCCUUGACAGACGCACGCAGCAGGAGCUAGACUUCGACAAGGCGAAAUAUCCCUCGACGGACGCAGAAACACAGGACAAGAUCACCCAGAAGUACCGCGAUCUGCAGGAGGAGAUCCAAGCACGCGGACUGUACAACUGCAACUACACCUCAUACGGUAUCGAGUGUCUGCGUUACGGGACGUUCAUUGCGCUGUUCCUCUAUGCUCUUUACUCGGGCUGGUACAUCACAAGUGCGAUUCCGCUCGCUUGCGUCUGGCACCAACUCACUUUUACGGUCCAUGAUGCUGGUCACAUGGGCAUCACACACGACUUCACGACCGACACGACCAUUGCCAUGUUUAUUGCCUCCUACAUGGGCGGCUUGAGUGCGUGCUGGUGGAAGUUCAACCACAACGUCCACCACCUGGUUACGAAUGAUCCUGAGCACGACCCCGAUAUCCAGUACAUCCCCAUCUUUGCAGUCACCCACCGCUUUCUGCAAAGUCUCACCACGACGUACUACGAGAGGGUGAUGGAGUACGAUGCAGUUGCCAAAGUUCUGGUGCGCAUUCAGCACUACACAUAUUACCCUAUUAUGAUGUUUGCACGUUUCAACCUCUACCGGUUGUCGUUGGAGUACCUUGUGUGUGGGAAGGGCCCGACGAGGGGACCCGCGUGGUGGCACCGCUACUUCGAGAUGGUUGGCAUGACGGUUUUCUGGACCUGGUACGGCUACGGUGUCGUCUACAAGACCAUGCCAGACAACUUCAGCCGGUUCUGGUUCGUGCUCAUCAGCCAUGCUCUCACAUCGCCCUUGCACGUGCAAAUCACACUGUCACAUUUCGCGAUGAGUACUGCAGACCUCGGCAUCCACGAGUCCUUUGCCCAGAAGAUGCUGCGCACGACCAUGGACGUCGACUGCCCGCAGUGGCUGGAUUUCUUCCAUGGCGGACUCCAGUUUCAGGCUAUCCACCACCUGUACCCCAGGAUCCCUCGGCACAAUCUGAGGGAGACGCAGAAGCUAGUGCAGCAGUUUUGCGACGAGGUGGAUAUUCCGUACGCGCUGUAUGGAUUUGUGGACGGCAACAAGCAGGUCAUUGGCAAGCUGGCAGACGUGGCAAGGCAGGCAGCCAUUUUGGCCGAGUGCCAGAGGACGCUUGCAGCAGAGGGCGAUUACGGGAUGCACUAGGCGGCUGAGGCAGAUUCAAGUAGAUGAUUGCAAACACAGGUGCUCGCUGUUUUCCCGUCUGCGGUGACGUCUCAGCGCGCCCGGAUGAUGCGGCCAAAUGAAUUCUG